AUGACCACCUCCGCGGUAGCCGAGCAGGAGUUACCUCCCGCGACGGCGUCGGCGUCAACGUCGACGGCCAGCCCUAUCCAAGAAACCCAGAGGGUAGACUCGCCGUCAACUAAUGUUGCAGUUCCUUCGGCAGACGUUCAUAGCCCAACAAUCGAGGCCGACCCGGGGCUUGAACCCAAUCACGACGACGACAACGACGACAACGACUCCGCCAUCGAUUCCGCCAGCGUCGCCUUGUCCACGACGUCCUUGUCCGAGAGCAUCUUCGAAUACCGCAGGCUGCACGGCCGGACGUACCAGGCGACCCAGACGACCGAGUACUGGGCCCCCAACGACGACCAGCAGAACGAGGGGCUCGACAUCAUCCACAACGCGCUGCUCAUGCUGCUCGACGACAGGCUGUACCUGGCCCCGAUCGACGACCACCCGCAGCGCGUGCUCGACGUCGGCACGGGCACGGGCAUCUGGGCCAUCGACUUCGCCGACCAGCACCCGGACGCCGAGGUCAUCGGCACCGACAUCAGCCCCAUUCAGCCCGGGUGGGUCCCGGCGAACCUCCGCUUCAUCAUUGACGACUGCCUGCUCGGGUGGACCUGGCCCGAGGACCAUUUCGACUUCAUCCACCUGCGGCAGCUGUACGGCAGCAUCCCGGACUGGGUGGACCUGUACCGGAGCGCGUACCGCCACCUCCGGCCGGGCGGCUGGGUGCAGAACCUCGAGAUCAACGCCGGGAUCCACUCGGACCACGUCGACUACCCGCCGGACCACAUCUUCCACGAGUGGGGCCGCGUCUUCGACGAGGGCGGGCGGAAGACGGGGCGGUCCUUCACGGUCGCGCAGGGCCACACGAUGCGGGACAACAUGGAAGCGGCCGGCUUCGUGGACGUGGUCGAGAGAAAGGCCAAGCUGCCGAUCCACGGGUGGCCGAGGGACCCGCGGCUGCGGCGGGCGGGGAUGCUGAUCCAGCUGGCGCUCGAGGAGAGCAUCGAGGGGUUCGGGACGUUCCUGCUGACGCAGAUCCUCGGGUGGUCGCGGCCGGAGACGGUCGUCCUGAACGCGCGGAUGAGGAAGGAGAUCAGGAACAAGGCGAAUUAUGGGUGGUGCGAAACGUGA